CACUUCCUUCGAUUCGUCUCCUUCUUGUUCUCUCUCCGAGAUCUUCGAAUCGGUUUCUUUCUGAGAUAUGAUUUUCGAUUGACCGAAGCUGUUUUCAGCAAAACCCCUUGAUUUCUGUUGCUUUCCAGCUAAAUACCAAAAUUCUGGAGCGAAUUUUUGAAAUUUGAUCCGCCGAUACUCUCAGCUGAUUUACGUCUUGCUAUUUGGGUUUUCGGAAAAACAUCGUUUUUCUUGUAGAUUCCCCUGUCGAGCUGAAUUGGUUAACAGUUCCUAGUGUAUGCUCCUCGCGAAUUUCUUGGAGCCGGUGAUUUGCCUGACAGUUUCCUUUUUAAUUGAUUUUUUAGGGUUUGAUUGGAUCGCCCCUGGAAUCGGCCCUAAUUGCGGUUUUUAUACUAUUAGGCUUAACUUUCGGAGAUUAAGGACUGUAAAUAGAUAGUGUGGGAUUGAAUUGCCGCGGAACAAGAUUCAGUGUAUUUGUUGAUUCGCAAGUUCAGUUUGUAUUUUGAUCAAGCAAGGUCGUAUUCCCUGAGAGUUGAACCUGCAUUGGGGUUCCAUGUUGUAAACGGCUUAUUUAAGAGUAUCUAGGAUCCGGGCAUCCAGAAUUCGUUGUCGGGAGGUGAUUCUUGGAGAUCAAAGUUAAUUUUUUCAGCUGGAAGCGAUUUGGAUAUGGUGGAAUGGAUCAUAGACUCUGAUCUGGUCAGGUGUUGGGAUAAAGGAACAAGGGAGUUCAAAGUAGGAGACUUGUUUUUUCGGUGGUGAAACUAUACCACUUGACAGUUCCCACAAAAAAGUGCCAUGUCUCGUUGUUUCCCAUUUCCACCUCCAGGAUAUGAGAAGAAGAUUAAAACCGAUGAAGCAGACCUAACAAAGGAGAAGCACAAGGAGAAAAAGCAGAAGAAGGAUAAGAAGGACAAAGAAAAGAAAGAUGGUAGAGAGAAAAAGGAUAGAGAAAGAAGCAAAGACAAACACAAGGAAAGGAAGGAGAAAAAGGAGAAACAUAAAGAUGGUAAAGACAAAGAUAGGGAUAAAGAAAAAAGCAGAACUUGGGAGGAGAAGAAGACUGAGGUUCUGACGGACACCAGGGAAACAGAGAAACUUGUAACAAAUACCUUGCAGAAUAAUAGUAAUGGGGAUUCUAGGUUUGUGCAGGACUUGGCACGAAGGAUCAGAGAUGGAGAAGCAGCAAUGGGAAGUCAGGGAGGACAAAAGACUAAAAUCCCUGAUCAAAUAAAUGCCGGGUUGACAGGAAACGUGGUUGAGAACAAGUUGAACAACAGUCCCUACUCAGUUCAAGAAACCAACCAUAGGAUAGAUAAUGAUAAGAGAAUCCAUCCCCAAAGAAACCUUGCUGUGGCAAAAAGUGCUGAAAAUGUUGUUCCACGAGUGUCAUUUGGCUCAGAUCAGAAAAAAGCAGAGGGUAUGGUUAAACCGGUGGAGAGAAAAAAAGAUCAGGAGAAGCAAAUGGAAUCUGUGGAGAAGAAUCAACACAAGGGAAGUGUGAUUAAGAGUGAUAAACCAAGAGAUAAAGAAGGGUUAAAGAAAGCUGAACCCAAGGGUAGAGACACAGACAAAGAGAGGAAACAAGAGAAAGCUGAGGUGACAAACAGAAUUGGUCAGGAGAAACCAAAAUCUAUAGAGGGGCCCAGGUUGAAAGAGAGGGAUAAAGAUGCCGUGGAUAAUAGGAAUAGUAAACCACCUGACCUUUUUAGGGCGAGCAACAAGAAUCUUACUGGUGAGGGAAAUCUUGGCAAACGGAAGGAUCUCGAGAGAAAUGGAUUCUUGUAUGAGAAUGGAUCCAACAGACCAAACAAGUUACAGAGGCCGGUUGCUUCUCCUGUAUCAUUAGCUGUGGAAAAUGGAAGAAAGUUGGGAACACCCAGAACUGGGCUACAAUCUGAGGAAACCAAAACUCAUCCAAAGCCUGGGCCUGAGCUGAAAUCUGUUGAAACCAAAACUCCUCAAAAGUCUGCUUCUGCGCUGCAAGGAACAAGUUGCAAGUCAAAUGUGAAGGAGCACAGAGUUAAUGGUUUUAGCGGUACUCAAAAACCGAAAAUUGUUCCGCCGAAUUCUUUGGCUGAAGAAAGAGGGGAAGUGAAAGUCAAAGGAAGAAAUGGUGAAGCAUCAGUUAAACUGCCGCAUCCCGACUUAAAGUAUCUGAAUCAGGUACUUAAGGUACCCGAAAGGGAGGAGCUGACUCAGUUUGACGAUCAAGAAUGGCUCUAUGGCGACUCGACGGUGAAGUUAAAGAAACCAAGAACAGAUGAGACACGGCAAGUAUGGGACCAAGCUUUUAGAAUAGAAUCUGCAGACACGGUGGCUCUUCCAUACGUCGUUCCAUUCUAGUUAGACUCCAUUCUCAUGAUCCUUCACCACAACGCGACGGCAUUGCCAUGGUUUUUGCUCUCUUAAAGCUUCCACGGUCUAUUGGAGAGGCUGAUAUAGCAGCUGAAUGAAGGCCUCUGCUGCAUUGGCGGCCUGACAAGCUUCUGAAUCAUGGGUCCUGAAGCGAGUAUGUGGAAUGGGGGGACCUGGUUUCAGUGCCAUUUAACAGCUACCUGAGAGAGAGAGAGAGUCAAAGGAGUAACGCUUAGGUAAUAUAUGUCUGAAACACUCAGGAUAUUUGAGGGGGAGUUUCUUACGGGAGACGAACGAGGUUUUGUCAUAAGGAUGUGUGGAUAAUCUGUUCUGCACGCAAGUUUUGAUCCUCUUGUAUCAGUUGGAUGGAUUUUGCAUUAAUUUUGUAAAUUAAUGAGGAAAUAGAGAAAUAGAAUCUUUUCCCCUUUUUUUU